AGAAGGGAAGAGAAGGCAUGAAGACAGGCUGUCCUACCCCACAGAGUUUGAUUUUGGUACAUUGGUUUGAAAUGUAUAUUGACUUUGGUACAUUGGUACACAGAUUUGAAAAUACUGUAAGAGUAAUUAUAAAUGGAACUGCAACAAAGUUGCUCUACUUGAUACUGUUUCUCUAGCUAAUAUAUGUAUCCUACACUUACCCUUUGUUUUUCACAUUUAGACUAUCUCCAUAUAUUUCAUUUAGAGUGGUUACUCAUCCAUCAGAUAUAGCCACCCACAGAAAAGCAGACUGCAUUGUAAACAUCUCUUCUUUCUGGGAUGGGGAGAAAUGUUCUUUUCUGUACCUCACUCCCCUCCCCAGGAAAGCAACUAGUUAUAAUAAUUAGAAACUUCCUGUCCUCUCAUUUGGGGGAGGGGAUGUAAAGGGGGCUGGGUCAUCUUCAUAGCUACCAUUUGCUGACAAUAAAUUAUUGUAGCAGUUUGCAAUAAAUUUUAAGAUAUUUUUCAUGAACUUUUUUUUCUUUUGAGAACAAGUGCUAGCAUAGUAAAAAUCUAUAUGAGCAAACUAAGCACCAUUUCCAUUUUCUUUCUUCCAUGCCACUUGUUGAAUUGUCCUUUAAGGAGUCCUUUUAAUCUUAAAAAAUGAUAGAUACUUCAUACUCAUAUCUUACUAUCUUUUAAAUAACUAGUCAUACCUUCAUUUUCAAUUGGCAGGUCUAAAUUUUAUGGAUAUAGUUGUGAUAAUUACUCGGUAUUUCUGGGAGUUAUGCAUACUCCUUGCUUGGGUUGCUGGUGUAUUUUACGUAAUUAGACUCUAAUACAUUUUACAGGAUUUAGUCAGACACUGACUGGGAGUCCUGGGGAUGAGCAUGCAAAACAUCAUUAUAGAGCACUUGGACCUCCCUUACACCUGUUUGGAGGAAGAAUGUGAACCCAACCACCAACCUAAGUGAGGUUUUACAGCCUCACUGCAGACCAGUUUUGCUCCUGUCCUUCCAAUUUUCCAUAUACUCAAGAAAAUCAGAACAUUGUAAUGGGGCAGUUAUAUUUCCUAAAAUCUUUUUUGCCUGUUGAAAUGUGCAGGACCCUUUUCCUGUGAUGAGAGAUAGGUGGUUACUUGAUUUAGGUUUAAAAGUUAUGUAAAAAAAAAAAAAAAAAUUAUAAUAAAAGGGAUACUUUGCUUUUAAAAUCUUGUUUUCUCUUAAUCUAGGUAACCAUAUUCAAAAUAAGUAUGUAAAGAAGAAAAAUAAAAGUUGUCUUCCUGGAAGCAACUGGUCUUCCUUGGUUGUACUGAGUUAGUCAUCCGAGAGUAAAACAGUUGAUGCUGCUAAAUGAAGAAAACAGAUGCCCCCAGGUUGAUUUAGGGAAUGGCUUUCGCAGAGCAGUCACCUCUGACCCUUCACCGCCGGGACCUCUGUAGCCGUUCUAUCUGGCUAGCAAGGAAGAUUCGUUCAGACCUGACUGCUCUUAUGGAAUCUUAUGUGAAGCAUCAGGGCCUGAAUAAAAAUAUCAACCUGGACUCUGUGGAUGGUGUGCCAGUGGCAAGCACUGAUCGAUGGAGUGAGAUGACUGAGACAGAGCGACUCCAAGAGAACCUCCAGGCUUACCGUACCUUCCAUGGGAUGUUAGCCAAGCUUUUAGAAGACCAGAGGGUGCAUUUCACCCCAACUGAAGGUGACUUCCAUCAGGCAAUACAUACUCUUCUGCUCCAAGUUUCUGCCUUUGCCUACCAGCUAGAGGAGUUAAUGGUGCUUCUGGAACAGAAGAUCCCUGAAAAUGAGGUUGAUAGGAUGCCUGUCACUGUUGGAAAUGGUGGCCUCUUUGAGAAGAAGCUGUGGGGCCUGAAGGUCCUUCAAGAGCUUUCACAGUGGACCGUGAGGUCAAUCCAUGACCUCCGUGUCAUUUCCUCUCAUCAGAUGGGAAUCUCAGCACAUGAGAGCCAUUAUGGGCCCAAGGACAAGUAAAUGUAGCAGUUAGCCCUUCCCUCUCCUUUCUUGUUCUGGUGAGAUAUAGGUAGUUCCCUAAGGCCUCGUUUUCUCAGAAUCAAUUUUUGAAAAUCUUAAACUACAGGCAUUUUCAUCAAGUAGGGUUGGCUCACAUAUGAACAGAUGGAUAUACAGGGUUAUUCUGGGUGUAUGCAUAUGUGUGCACAUGCUUUUUUUGUAUUGGUGAUACAGUAGAGUAGAAACAAGGGCACUAUCCUCAUACCUUAGUACUUUGACGUUCCUUAAUACUAAGUGGCCUUUCUAGGCAUUUAACAGCCUUACAGGCAGAAGAGAAAUUGUUACUAGUUCUGGUUGACUUCUGAAAAGACAAAGAAAUAGGAAGUCCUAGACUAUCGCUGUUUAAAUUACCAUAAUAAAAAACAUUGCUGUGCUGAGGCAAUGAGUGUGCCAUGGCUUUAUGUAUAUUCUAAAUAACUUUACAUCUUUGUCUCAGAGGGUUAGAAGAUGUGUCAUGCAAUCUGUCCCUAGCACUGAAAAGCCGCCCUUGCUACACAUCCUCAGAAGUCAGCAAAAGACAGCCAUCCUCAAGUAUUUGUUGCCCACACCUGGCAAAGAACAGCAACUAUACAUCUUCAGAUUCUAUUUGGGGGAAAAAAUGGGGCCCACUGUACUUCCAUACUUAGAAGCUGAGGCUGUGCAUUAAUAGACUGGUUUAGUGUUGACUAGUGUACUUGAUCAUUGGGUUAAUCACUUUUUAUAGCAAGUUAACAGAUGAGUGAUAUAGGUACUAUAACUAGAUAUUUGACAGUGGGUGGAAUGCUCAGGUUAAAGAGUCACAGAGCUCCAUCACCUUACAUUCUCUGGGCUUAGUCAUGAGGGGAGGAUGAGGUCUGGUUGGUCCCCACUGAGAAUGCCAGAGAUUCUUAAACAACACAGUAACGCUCCACUUUUAAUGUUCUUGUGAGAGCCACACAGCAUGGAAGACUAGGAAACACAUCCCUGGGGAAGGUCAUUUUCGCUGAGGCCUAUGCAUUAGUGGUGCAUUGUGAAUCUAAUAAUUUGUUCGUACCAUUUGUUUUUUACUUUAGUUAAACCUGAGAGAUCGUGAGUUGGGGGCCACGUCUAAUCAUGACAUCUUGCUUCAUAAAUGAACCAUGAGUCAGAGAGGGCUAACUUCCAUAAGUUGCAUGAGGUGGGGAUAUGUGACUCACCUUGUAUCCUCUCUAAGGGGUUCUAUGCAGGCUAGAACUCUGAUCAAGUAUGUGACAGGACUCAGCCAAGCACUGUAGUAGCUCAGAGGAAGUGAGACCCUGCUUUCUACUGUGUUUGUGAAAAUACAGUUGUGUGUAUAAAAUAAAGAGACCAAAACUAGGGUGGGAUUAUAAAGAAUUGAAAGAGAUCAAUUAAAGCCACAAAUAAAUAUGUUUCCUGGGUUGGUGUAGUACAAUAUAGAAUAGACUCCAAGAGAAAAAAAAACAAGUUGGCUCAUGGAAACAAGUUAGACACAGUAAACAUCUGGACCCAGCACCAUAAAAGGCCUAUUUUGUUAUAUUCCAUUUGUGAUUUUGGUAUAGAUAAUUUCUCAUUUUGUUUAGAAAGGCUUAUUUUAUUUGUGCUUAUUAAAUUGUUCUGUUUGUCAGCAGCAUUUUCCAUUUAAUAAAGUAUGUUAACAAGGUUCAUGUUUGAAAAA